AUGGGAUGUGGGGCAAGUGGAUUAAAAGAGACUAAAUCAGCUACGGCAACACCUUCUGAAAGUGAGAAUAAUGCAAAUCUCUCUGAAACAAUAGCACCAUCACAACCAGCAGCAGCAACAACAACAACUGAAGUGACAUUAAACAAUGUCGAAGUUGAAGGAUCGCCUAAAACGGCAGAGGUUAACGAAACUGAUGCCAAUGAAGUAAUUGGCAAAGAUGACAAUCAACACGAAGGGAUCGAUAAUCAGGCUGUUAAUGACGGUGAUAAUAAAGUGAAAACAGUAGCACCGGUAUCUGUCUCGGGUGAUGCAGAUGUCGUAAAUUCUUCAUCAGAUGAGCCCAAGGUGAAUGUUUUACUAAAUAACAGUAAACCUGUGGAAUACUGUUUACCGUGUCAACCAUUCUAUUCAGAUAGUAAUAGUGAUAAGCAUAGAAUUAUUAGUAAUAAUAGUAGUACAGAUAAUAAAUCAAAACACGAUUGCCUGCUCCAUUGUCAAAUUGAUGACUAUCCUCUAUCGACAAUUGAUGGACAUAUUGAUGCAUUAUCACCACAAUCAACACCAACUAACAUUACUAUGACAACAGAGAUAAACAACAAUACAGAAAUGUCAAGAAGUGGUUCACAAUUGAAUAUUGAAAAGUCAAUUAAUAAACCGCCUAAAAUAAAUCAUCAUGAUUCAGUGUAUUUAGAAAUCGAUGAAAAUAAUUUGCUGUUAUCGCCAUCUGCACUGAACAGUAAUAAUAAUGAUUAUUAUUAUUCAGAAGAAAUUGUACACAGAAUUAGAACAGAAUCAGAAACACGAAAUUCAAAUAAUCACUUGAACAGUACCGGUGGAUUUGAAGUUUCCGCGCUAGACUUAACUACUACAGCUGAUACAUUAAAACAAUUGGAUACUAAAUAUUCACCGCAUUUAUUUGAAAGCAAUGAAUUGUCAAUCAAACAAACAAAUGAUAAUAAUGAAUUAGAAGAAUUAAUCAUUGAAGAAAAUUUUACUGAAUAAAUGAAUAAUAAUGAGUCACAACUAUUGUUUACAUGAUCUUUGUAAUUAUUACUGAAAUUGUAAUUAAAUACUACUGAUACAAGCGAGUGAGUAAGUAGUAGGUAGUACAUGUUGAAAUUCAAUCAUGUUAGUUCAUUAGAGAGUUAGUUAGUUAGUUAGUUAGACGUAUUUUUCCUCGUUGUUGUGUAUGUGUGUGAAUAUGUCGUUGUAAAAAACGGUGUAAAGAUAGCACCAGUCAAAAAUGUUGUUUAUUCAAUGAGUUAUUCCUUUUUUUAAUGUUCAGCACUUCACAUUUUGAUUGAAAAUGAUUUGAAAUUAUGCGAUUUGUAUGGAGUUAAAUUUUUAUGUCAUUAUUAUUAUUUUUUCCUUUAGUUCCUAGAGGAACAUAGGGAUUCAGCUACACAUCUUCAUUGAAUUAGGUUCUCUACCAAUGUUUUUGUUACCUGGCUCCACGUCUGCCCAUAUGCUUUCAUCUCCUCCUCACAUCACCUCCUCUAUGUCACCCUAGCACUGAAGACCAAUUAACUCACCGCUUCCCAUUCGGGUCCCACUCGUGGAAUGACCUCGGGUGUGAUGUCACUCACUUGGUGGUUUGUUUUCUCAGAGUAUGACUAAUCUACCUCCAUUUCUUCCUGUAUAUUUCUUGCACAAUUGGUUCCUGUCGGGUUGGUUCGUUCAUGGCCAGAGAUCCCUGUUGUUGAUCUUUUCUGGCCGGCUAUCAGAUCUUGAGUGAUGUAUUGAGCGACGACAGUUGUUGAUCGACGUCUGUAGUCUGUUCCAAGUUGCGGCACCAAGUCUCUGAUCCGUAUAGUGA